AUGUUAAUUUCGUCGCGAUCUAGCAACGUUUCAGAGUCUUUGUCUGAUACAGAUUCUUCCGUCAACUCAACUGUUUUCAUGACAGCGAAUUCAGGCGAAUCUGACAAUGAAUUUUUGCCAUUUGAUGAUACUAUUGAACCGCUUGCCUCGCAUGAGGAGGUAGCCGAAUACGAGGAAGCUGCAGCAGAAGAAGAACGGCUCGCAAAUAUGCUACAAGAUCGUUUUGAAGGCCACGUUGACGUAUCAUCUUGGUAAGUUUGUGUUCUUAUUUGCCGGAAUAAAGAAUUAAAACGUAUCUUUGAAUAUCUAUUUUGCAUUUCUUCAUAAGGUGUGAAUGUGGUCAUUGUACGCUUGAAUUUGCUGCUAACCCUGAAGAAUGCCGAUGUUGUAUGGAAAUAGACCAAUGUCAACAUAAAGUGUACGAAUAUGAAGAAGAUGAAAGUAACAGAAAGUGUAUUCUUGAUCCCCCCGGAUUUAACGAAGUUUGCUUAAGUGAAUUUGUUCUGAAUGCAGCUUCGUUAGGUUUAAAAACCAAAGGGCAUCAAAAUUACGCUUCGGUCUUCAGAGAGGGUCAAAAGACAAGAGUAAGACAUUGAUUAUUGUAAACGGUCAACCAUAUUAAACAAGCAUUAACAUAUUGUGCACGCAAAUUUAUCUAAUAUUAUAUAUUUUAUAGGUUCUAUCGUGCAGUUUCCUACAGACAGCUCAUGCGUUUGGUAUGGGACUUUAUGGGGAGUUCAAGGCAUCUCCCAUUACCAUGUUGUUACAAUAAAAUAUGA